CCUCAGGAGCAGGCGCUGAGCAAACGUCCCCAAAUGACAGGGUGCAGGCAUGUCUGGUGGGGCAGCCCCUGGAAUGACUGCUGGCAGUUGACUGAGCUGCUGGGCCAGAAUGGCUCUUCUCGGGGCAGGGGGGGACUCUGCAGGACCCCAGCGUGAGGCAGGGGCAGGCAGGAGCUCCCGGCUCAGCAGCCAGGACAGGGGGUACCGCAGGCUUCGGGGGGCUGGUGGCCGCAGUGCUGGCCCAGCUUUGACUCCACCAGACCUGGAGUGUGGCCGAGGCAAGCUCCGGCUGGCCGUCUGCCUCGGGCACCUCUGCGGAUCGGCACACCAGGAGCCAGGGCCGUGGCUGUGCCCGUGGCUUUGCACCAGGCCCAGCUUGGCCCCACGCUACCGCUCACACUGUCCCCACGCUACCGCUCACACUGUCCCCAGCGCCAGAGGACACGUCCUACCCUUGCUGCAUGGGGCUGCUGCAGCACUCCCCACUGCUCACUCCCCGCAUGCCACAUGCACCCGCAGCAGCGUGUCCACGGGCUCCUGCCCCGGCCCCACGGCUCGCUGGCACGCUGCAGGGUCAGUGUGGGCACCCGCUGGGGCGCGAAGGGGUUAAGGCGCCUGGGGCUGGUCUGCGGGGAGUGGAGCAGCCUCUCCUCCCCUCUUCACAUCUGGAUUCAAUAAGGGCUUCGAGAGGCCGGAGCAUUCCUGAGCACUGAGGUGGAGGCUGCACUCUCUGACAGCCAUGGGGCCCUGGCGCUGCCUGCUCCUUUUGCCGCUCCUCGCCGUGGCCCUCCACGCCCAGCAGCAGCAGUUCAUGGAGUACGUGGAGCGGCGACUCACCCUCCUGGAGGAGAGGAUCUCACAGUGGCAUGACCAGAGCAGCCGCUACUCCACGGAGCUGCGGGACUUCAAGAACCAGGUGCUGGGGAUGCUUGAGACAGCGGAGAAGGAGCGGGAGGCGAUGCGGUCGGAGGCAGAGAGCGCAGCAGUGCGUGUGGACCGGCUGGAGCGUGAGGUGGACUACCUGGAGACCCAGAACCCUGCGCCACCCUGCGUGGAGGUGGAUGAGACGCUGAUGGAGAAGCAGGUGGCCACAGCCAAGCAGAGGAAGAAUGAGAAAUACACCAAGCUCACAGACUGCAGCGAUACCAUCGCAAGUGUCAGAGCCAUGAAGAUCCUGAAGCGUUUCGGCAGCACCUCAGGGCUGUGGACCAAGGAUGCCACAGGAAACUCCGAGAAGAUCUACGUCUUCGACGGCACUGCCAACGACACGGUGUAUGUCUUCCCCCGCAUACGGGAGUUCACCCUGUUCUCUGCCACCCGCAAGGCCGCCCGCAUCAAGCUGCCCUACCCCUGGGUGGGCACUGGGCACCUCGUCUAUGAUGGGCACCUCUACUACAUCCGCCAGCAGGGAUCCUUCCAGGUGAUCAAGUUCAACCUGGCCAACAAGACGGUGGUGGACAGCUCGGUGUUCCCAGCUGAAGAGCAGAUCCCUGUCUUUGGGCUCUCCCCCUUUACCUACAUCGAGGUGGCGGCCGACGAAGAGGGGCUCUGGGCCAUCUACGCCACCAAGGAGGACGAGAAGAACAUAUGCCUGGCCAAGCUGGACCCCACCUCACUGGACAUCGAGCAGAUGUGGGACACGCCAUGCCCGCGGGAGAAUGCUGAGGGCGCCUUCGUGGUGUGCGGGACGCUGCACGUGGUCUACAACACCCGCCUGCCCAGCCGCUCCCGCGUGCAGUGCGUCUUCGAUGUCAGUGGCACGCUGGCCCCCGAGGACGCCUCCCUUGUCUACUUCCCCAAGCGCUAUGGCUCCCACUCCAGCAUGAAAUACAGCCCCCGGGAGAGGCAGAUCUACGCCUGGGAUGACGGCUACCAGAUCAUCUACCGCAUGGAGAUGAAGAAGAAGCUGGAGGUCUGAGGGGCCACAGCAGGCCGGCCCUGGCAAGGGACGGCAUCUCUGCCCCAUCUCCCAUCACUGUGAAUGAUGAAAUGCUGGACCCCCACCCCUGGCCACCUUCCACCUACCGGCACCAGGUGUCCCUGCAGAAACCUGGACUAAUUUAAUGAGAUUUUCUUCUCUGUGAUAGAAUGAAUAAAUACUAUGCAGCGA